UUUCAGUGUGUCUAAAGGAUGUCUGAACCAUGUAGUGCAUGUAAGAAGAAAAAAGUGAAAAGUCCCCAUCCCCGCGCUUCAGGAACUAGAAACUUCUGUUUUAAGUUGUGUGCCACACCCCCUGAAGGGUCUAAGCGUAUUCAAGGCCACUAGCCAGAAAAGCGCACGGGGCCUUGUAAGUUUCCGGAGACGGAAGGACCGCGGAACCAGUGAGCUGGUGGUUGCGGUUCUCGGAGGGAAGCCAGUUCCGCGGACCGGUAGUGGAGAGCACCACAGCUUGUUUCCGGCCACCUCAGCGGGAAGCGGAGACGCAGGCGGCUAGCUCUUCGGGAACUCUGAUAGAGGUGUUAACUGCGGUCGCGGCGGAAGAAGUCGGGAGAACGUCUACGGCUGCCGGGCCAGUGUUGGGUCCCCUGUAGCCUGUGAAGAUGGUGUUGCUCACGAUGAUCGCCCGGGUGGCGGACGGGCUCCCGCUGGCCGCCUCGAUGCAGGAGGACGAACAGUCUGGCCGGGACCUUCAGCAGUACCAGAGUCAGGCUAAGCAGCUCUUUCGCAAAUUGAACGAACAGUCCCCUACCAGAUGUACCUUGGAAGCUGGCGCCAUGACUUUCCACUACAUUAUUGAGCAGGGAGUUUGUUAUUUGGUUUUGUGUGAAGCUGCCUUUCCUAAGAAAUUGGCUUUUGCCUACCUAGAAGAUUUGCACUCUGAGUUUGAUGAGCAGCAUGGGAAGAAGGUGCCCACUGUGUCUCGGCCCUAUUCCUUUAUUGAGUUUGAUACCUACAUUCAGAAAACCAAGAAGCUUUACAUUGACAGCCGUGCUCGGAGAAACCUAGGUUCCAUCAACACCGAGUUGCAAGAUGUGCAGAGGAUCAUGGUGGCUAAUAUUGAAGAAGUAUUACAGCGGGGAGAAGCACUCUCAGCAUUGGAUUCAAAGGCUAACAAUUUGUCCAGUCUGUCCAAGAAGUACCGCCAGGACGCGAAGUACUUGAACAUGCGCUCCACUUACGCCAAACUUGCAGCAGUAGCUGUAUUUUUCAUCAUGUUAAUAGUGUAUGUGCGAUUCUGGUGGCUGUGAGGUAGUGAAUCCGGUCACUGGCAAGGGUGAACCUAGAACCCGGCAGGUGUAUGUUUUCAGGAAGCUGAGCUCACAGAGAUGU